UCUGUUUUCUGACACUAUAUUUUUGCUUGUUUUUUACAAAGGUAGAUCACUGAACUCAGUCUCCACAUGUGUAGGUUAUGCCUGCCACAAGAGCAGCUUCUGUGUGACAUGCAUCACACACAGUGAACAAUUGUGCUUUAUAGGUUCAGUAAUGCCUGAGGAAGUGACUUAUGCUACUCUCAAAUUUCCAAAUCUUUCCAAGUCAAAGAUAUCCCAAGAGAGCUACAGUCUCAGGAGAGCAGAGAAUCGCGAAGUGCCUGAAAUGGAGAUAGAUGGUGAAGCUGAAAGUAGAGCAGAGGGAGUUGAGAGCACAGCUGAGCUGGCAGAGAGCAGAGCUGUGGCAGGACAUAGCACUCUGUCAAAAGUGUGGUGUGCUGUUUCUCUCAUUUCGCUGAUCUUGAACCUGGUGGUGCUGGCUGGCCUAGGGACCCUAGGCAUUAUAAAUUACUGGAAACUCAUCUUGGGCAACAGAACAGAGUAUGAUGUUCAACAAAGCAAUAUACAACAGUUGGAGGAAAAUCUAACAAUAUGGAUGAAUAUGUAUAAUAAUGUCUCAAAUGAGCAUAACAUUUUUAAAAACAUGACACAAAACACAAUAAAAGAGCUGAACAACUUUACCUCACAAUAUUGUGAAGACCUAAAGCAGAAAGAAAAUGAUGUUGGAUUUAGCUCAUGCCCGGAGUCAUGGAUGUGUAAUGGAAAUACAAACAAAUGUCAUGCCCAGAUGAAUAUGGACAAGAAUAUAAGUUACAACUCAACCCAGCUGUUCUUCAGAUGUCUUACAUCACCUAUCUCCUGGAUGAAUCUGAAUUGCACUCUCAAGAAGGCAAAUCAGGCAGCAGGAAGUGUUCUAAAACUUUGCAUUGUGACUUGUUUGACACCCUAAUAAAGAUUUCAAGUGUUGAAACCAGUGAAGCAUGCAACAUUCAAAGGAAAUGAAAUGAUUGGAAAAUCUAAUGACUCUAAUAGUUAUCAUAUUUAUAAAAAUAAACUAACUAUACCAAAUUUUCAA